AUGGGUGCAAGAGGCAACCGUCAAUCUGAUAAAUGGGUGCAAGAGGCAACCGUCAAUCUGCAGAGCCUCAUGGCAUGGCGGAUCCCAGGUCGGUAAGGUAGCAUCUUUUUGAAUGUUGAGCCAGUAUAUAUCUAGAGUAUCCCCUUUGAUUAUUGUUAAACUAUUGCAUUGGAAUAUUGGGCGAGAAAGUCUCAUACACGAGCAUAGGAGAGUUGCAGUCGGAGACACAAUGUCCCUACCACAAUCACAAAAAACCUCCAAACUUCUCGAAAAGUGUCUUGAUACGCACGGAGAUAUGUCGAAGAGCCCCGUUUUGCCUCAGGCUUGUGUGCCUCCAAAGUUUUCCGCAGAAGAAGAGGAGACCGUGACGAGGCCUAUAUUGACAUCACGUGACUGCAGCAUGUGGGAGUCAUCCCGCUCCAGCCUAUCACAAAACGGUGCGAUGCAGGAUAUAGGUGCAACGGAGCGAGAUGUUUACAAUUGGCUAGUUACAGGUUCAAGAGACCUCUCGACCAUUGCCUCAAAUUUCAGCAACCCUCAACACCUCUUUAUGUAA